AUGGUUUGUAUCUUUUCACUUUCCUUAACCUUGGUGCCACCUGACGGGUCACGUGACACUUGUCACUUUAUAUCUAUUUCACACGUCACCACGCCACGAGGGUGUCCUGUGGCACAGGGCCUUUUUAACGUGGGCAUUCCAAACCCGUGGGUCCGGCCAAAAAUAUGCCCAUUGUACCCGUAUAAACGGGUUCAGGGCCGGUUUUACCUCCCCGAAGGAGACUCCGCCCUUCGGCGUAGCCUCCUUCGGGUUCCUCCCGUCCGUAGAAAGAGAGUUCAACCGAGCAAUCGGUUCAAAAGUGAACUACUGACUCCCGAUAUUGAGUCUAACCCCCCCCCGCCCAAUAAGCAACAUGUGACACAAGGUCGGUUGUUUAUUGUGGGUAUUCCCGAGCCUGUGGGCUCGGCCCAAAAAUAUGCCCGUUUGAACCCCGGUAUAAACGGGUUCUGGGCCAGUUUUACCGCCCCGAAGGAGACACCGCCCUUCGGCGCAGCCUCCUUCGGGUUCCUCUCCGUCCGGAGACAGAGAGUUGAACCGAUCAGUCGCUCAGAAAGUGAACUACUGACUCACGAUAUUGAAUCUCCCCCCCACUGGGGCAACAUGGCCGGUUUUACCUCCCCGAAGGAGACUCCACCCUUCGGCGUAGCCUCCUUCGGGUUCCUCUCCGUCCGUAGACAGAGACUUGAACCGAUCAGUCGCUCAGAAAAUGAACUGCGGACUCACUUGAACUACUGA